UAUGAUUGAUAUAUACCAUGAAACUUUUUAUGUUAAUUUCUCCGAUGAAUUAGAAAGGGAAAGUACAUGAUAUUUAUAUUGAUUUGGUGUCGUUUCAGAAUAAUUAUCAUGGCAAAGAGGAUGCCUGAUGUAGACAACAGGAAGCUUGACGCAACGAUGAAGAAACAUUGUUCAAAUUCAGAAUCAGAUAGAAUCAGUGAACUUCCACAGGAUGUGAUAGACAAAGUUUUAUCAAACUUGACAAUCAAGGAAGCUGUAAGGACAAGCAUAUUAUCAAAGAAUUGGAAGGAAAAAUGGCAUACAAUUCCUGUUAUCACAGUCGACAAUCCACCUCAAACCCUGCCGGAAUUGGAGUCUGUUAUACAUUACAUUCUUUAUCAACAUGAAGGGGCAAUCCGAAAAUUUUCUGCCUUUGUGGAUACUGUUGACCAAAAUCUUGCUUUACAAGCAUGGAUUUACAGACUACGAAAAAGUUGUAUUCAAGACUUGACCUUGGAGACUAUGAUGCAGACUCCGCUGUCCUGUAACUUGUAUUCCUGUCAACAGCUGACGCAUUUAAAGCUUCGUGGUUUUAUACUAACCGAUCCCCCAUGCUCAUUUAAAGGAUUUCAGAAUCUUACUACACUUGAGCUAAGAACAAUUGCAAUAACGAGGCCUGCAUUUGAAGGGAUAAUGGCCAGCAGCCCACUCCUGGAAAAAAUAACAGCAAAGGGCUUGUAUUUUGAUGGUGCUCUGAAAGUCGAAGUCCCUAACCUCAAGUACUUUAGCUUUGAAGGAGAAUUAACUUCUAUUUGUUUCGAUACUCCUCGUCUUGCAGUGUUGUCAAUCAAUUUAGAUACACAGAGACCCUACUGCAGCUACACGAGGAAAAUGACAGGUAAUACAUUCUCCAUUUCUGAUCUGCCACCUGCACUUGAGGAGCUUCACUUUCAAUGGGUUUCUAAUGAGUCCUUGACUGCAAGCAGUGGGUUGAUGCAAGUUUUAGCAUCUUGUAGCAGUCAUCUAAAGAUCCUCAAACUAGGUGAUGCCUGUUGCUGCGAAAAAGUGUAUAACUUGCAGUCUGUAUCCAAGUUUUGGGAAGAAGAAGAUGAAACCUCGGGCUGCUCUUUGAUGAACCAACUCCGUAAGAUGAGCAUAAGAGCAUGUCUCGAUAGAAGAACAUGUUUUGGUAAAAAUAAUCCUGAGAUAAAGUUUAGUCAAUUCGUACUGGCCAAUUCCCCUCUGCUCGAGGAGCUUACCAUUGAAAGCAUGACUUGUUGUACCGAUAUUGAGGCAUAUGUAAGGGCACAGUUACAGCCUUUCUGCAAGGCUUCAGGAAAACCACAGAUCCAUUGCAUUGCCGGUGCUGAUUUUGCACCUUUCGCCUCCACCACCCAAUUUUCUUCCCACACCGUUUGGUUUUGA